UUUUUUGGUGAGAUUUCAUUUGUUAAUUUUUUUCAUUAAUUUUGCUUGACCAACAAUUCACCUCAAAAAAAAAAAAAAAAAAACACAAUCCAAAAAUAAGAAAGUUUUCGUCCUUUUUGGCUUAUCGAAAUCACGUUAAAAAAAAACCACAACAAAAACCUAAUUAGUGCUAGCAUGUAGUUUUCUCUCAUACGAUCAAAAAAAAGUUGCGGGUUUUACUGGGUUUAGUUAGUUAGUAUCUGGGUAGGUUUUAGAUUUGAGAAAAGGGUUUGUUUUGUUUAAUAAUCUGUCUUUAUUUGUAAAGUUUUAAAUUUGAUUUGAAUAGUGUGCGCGUGAUUCAGUGAAUCCAUCGAUGACGGUGGCUACAGGUUCUUGUAAGAGCCGUGAUGAUAAGGCAUGGCCACCUGGGUUUAGGUUUCACCCAACCGAUGAGGAGCUGGUGCUUUAUUAUCUCAAGAGGAAAAUUUGUAGGAGGAGAUUAAGGCUUGAUAUUAUCAGAGAGCUUGAUGUUUAUAAAUGGGAUCCUGAGGAAUUACCCGGGCAAUCCAUAUUGAAGAGCGGAGAUAGGCAGUGGUUUUUUUUCAGUCCAAGGGAUAGGAAGUAUCCUAAUGGAGCUAGGUCAAACAGGGCUACCCGACAAGGGUAUUGGAAGGCAACCGGAAAGGAUCGAAAUGUCACUAUGAAUUCUCGGAAUGUUGGAGUAAAGAAGACUCUAGUUUUUUAUAGAGGUCGUGCUCCUAGUGGUGAGAGGACCGACUGGGUCAUGCAUGAAUAUACUUUAGAUGAAGAGGAGCUCAAGAGGUGCCCAAAUAUUAAGGAGUAUUAUGCACUUUACAAGGUUUACAAGAAAAGUGGACCCGGUCCAAAAAAUGGUGAGCAGUACGGAGCACCUUUUAAGGAAGAAGAUUGGGCUGAUGAUGAAUGUUUGGUUGUGGAUAAGUUUGUUACUCCUGUUAACCAGGCUAAUAUAGUAACACCACCUGUUGUUGAUAACACCAAGACUAGUACUCAAGUAGAUCCGCAAUUAAACGAUUUUGAGAACUUCAUGAAACUGAUUGCUGAUGAAGAUCCAGUUGACCUGCCAGUGAUCACUGAUUAUAUUAAUAGCCUACCGAAGGUUACUUGUGAUGAAGAGACCCAAAGUACACUCAUGGAUCCCUCUAUCAGAGAAAUCACCUUUGUUGAGCCAAUUUCAGCAUCACCUCCAAGUUGCGAGCAGUAUGAUGUGCAGGCCAACCAGACUGCUACUUCUAAACUGCAUUCAUUGGAGGCACCUGAAAUCUCAUCUGUUCCUAGUAACUCUGAACAGGUGCCCCACUUUUGUGAAGAAGAUUUUCUUGAAAUUGAUGAUCUCAUGGGCCCUGAACCUGCUUUAUGCAAGGCUGAAAACCCUGGAGAGUGCUUGGAGGUUGAUGAUUUUGACGGACUGGCUGAUUUUGAUCUAUACCAUGAUUCCGCCAUGUUUUUUCGUGAAAUGGGGCCUGCUGACCAGGAGACAGUUUCACAUGUAAAUCAAGUUGGUUUCGGGCCGCAGCCCCAUUCAAUGGGAAAUCAGGUGGAGUACCAGGGGCAGUCACAUUUCAUGGGAAAUCAGGUGGAGUACCAGUCGCAGUCAUUUUUCAUGGAAAACCAAAUGGAGUGCCAGCCAGAGCCACAUUCAAUGGCAAACCAGAUGGGCUACCAGAUAGAGACCCAUUCGUCAGCGAACAAUGUGGAUUACAUGUAUGCCGAAACAUUUGGUGCUGAUGAGCUGUGGUUGAAUGACCUGACAACUGAUGUGUUUACUACUCCAGAACCAGUUCAAGGAACUCUUUCUCAACCUAAUCCAGGUAUGAGUUCCGAAACUAAACCUACCGGAGCUAAUCAAAAUCAAAACGGCGGUGAGGAAGAGGACGGCUCUUCUAGUUGGAUCUCGUCCACCUUGUGGGGCUUUUUGGAGUCGAUACCAACUACUCCGGCAUCAGCUUCGGAAAGUCCUUUGGUAAACAAAGCUUUCGAGCGAAUGUCGAGUUUCAGCAGGAUGAAAUUAAUAAAUGUGAGGAACAGCAGUAUUAGUGGUGAUAAUGUGAUUAUCCGCAAUGGUAGUGCAAAUGCAAAUGCACGGAGGGAUGGGGGAAGUGGAAAUAGAGGGUUUAUUAUACUGUCUAUUCUUGGAAUAUUAUGUGCGGUGUUAUGGGUUAUAGUAGGAGGAGUUAGAUUUUUGGGGAGAGCUAUCUUUUCAUGAAAUUAUAUCAUAGCUUCAUCUAUGGCUUAGUUCUAAGGAUUAAUCUAAUUUUCUGAUGUGAAAUUGGAAUGUAAAGAGUUAAGUUUUUUUUUUUUUUUAGUAUAUAUGCAAAGUAAGAAGUAUUAUUAUUAUUAGGCCAA